GCUCGACUUCCGGGUCAAAGGGGCCUGAGCCGCCUGGUCCCCCGUGUACGCUGUCUCCGCUGUCCCCCGCGCCCGCCACUUCCGGGGCCGCAAUCCCGGGCAUGGAGUCGCGAGCCUGAGGCUCCUCCGGGCCCGGGACACCCUGCCCUGCCUGGCCGCCGCCCCGCGCCAGCCCCGAGCCCCGGUCUGUGUCCCAUGCCUGCAGCUGGAAUGGAAACUUUCUGGACCCUUUAGAAGGUGCCCCCACCGUCCUGAGGUCAGCUGAGUAGUUAAUGCGGACGGUUAAGAAGCUACGUCUGGACAACGCGAACACAGGAAGUUGGAGGAGCUUCUCGCUGAAUUCCGAGGGGGCGGAGAGGAUGGCCACUGGGGCUGCGACGUCCGACCGGGGCGACGCGGUGGAGAUGGAGGAGCCGGCAUGCCGCUUCCAGGUGCAGAAGCACUCGUGGGAAGGGCUCCGGAACAUUAUCCACGGCAGCCGCAAGAACUCGGGCCUGAUCGUCAGCAAGGCCCCUCAUGACUUCCAGUUCGUGCAGAAGACGGACGAAUCAAGCCCCCACUCCCACCGCCUCUACUACUUGGGAAUGCCUUACGGCAGCCGGGAGAACUCCCUCCUCUACUCCGAGAUCCCCAGGAAGGUCCGCAAAGAGGCUCUGCUGCUCCUGUCCUGGAAGCAAAUGCUGGACCAUUUCCAGGCCACGCCCCACCAUGGGGUCUACUCUCGGGAGGAGGAGCUCCUGCGGGAGCGGAAGCGCCUAGGCGUGUUCGGCAUCACCUCCUACGACUUCCACAGCGAGAGCGGCCUCUUCCUCUUCCAGGCCAGCAACAGCCUCUUCCACUGUCGGGACGGGGGCAAGAACGGCUUCAUGGUGUCCCCCAUGAAGCCACUUGAAAUCAAGACCCAAUGUUCCGGGCCCCGGAUGGACCCUAAAAUCUGCCCUGCCGACCCUGCCUUCUUCUCCUUCAUCAACAACAGUGACCUGUGGGUGGCCAACAUCGAGACGGGCGAGGAGCGGCGGCUGACCUUCUGCCACAGGGGCUUAUCCAGUGUCCUCGAGGACCCCAGGUCUGCAGGCGUGGCCACCUUCGUCAUCCAGGAAGAAUUCGACCGCUUCACCGGUUACUGGUGGUGCCCCACAGCCUCCUGGGAGGGUUCAGAAGACCACAAGACACUGCGAAUCCUGUACGAGGAGGUCGAUGAGUCCGAGGUGGAGAUCAUUCACGUGCCCUCUCCUGCCCUAGAAGAAAGGAAGACAGACUCGUACCGGUACCCCCGGACAGGCAGCAAGAAUCCCAAGAUCGCCUUGAAGCUGGCCGAGUUUCAGACCGACAGUCAGGGAAAGAUCAUCUUGACCCAAGAGAAGGAGCUGGUGCAGCCCUUCAGCACACUCUUCCCGAAGGUGGAAUACAUUGCCAGGGCCGGGUGGACCCGGGACGGCAAGUAUGCCUGGGCCAUGCUCCUGGACCGGCCCCAGCAGCGGCUGCAGCUCGUCUUCCUGCCCCCGGCCCUGUUCAUCCCCACCACUGAGAACGAGGAGCAGCGCGAGGCCUUCGCCAGAGCCGUGCCCAGGAACAUCCAGCCAUACGUGGUGUACGAAGAGGUCACCGACGUGUGGAUCAACGUUCAUGACAUCUUCUAUCCCUUCCCCCAGUCAGAGGGAGAGGACGAGCUCUGCUUCAUCCGCGCCAACGAAUGCAAGACCGGCUUCUGCCACCUGUACAAGGUCACCGCCCUGUUAAAGCCCAGCGGCUACGACUGGGACGAGCCCUUCAGCCCCAGUGAAGAUGAAUUCAAGUGCCCCAUCAAGGAGGAGAUUGCGUUGACCAGCGGUGAAUGGGAGGUUUUGGCCAGGCACGGUUCCAAGAUCUGGGUCAAUGAGGAGACAAAGCUGGUGUACUUCCAAGGCACGAAGGAUACGCCCCUGGAACACCAUCUGUACGUGGUCAGCUAUGAGUCAGCCGGCGAGAUCGUGCGCCUCACCACGCCCGGUUUCUCCCACAGCUGUUCCAUGAGCCAGAAUUUCGACAUGUUCAUCAGCCACUACAGCAGCGUGGGCACGCCACCCUGCGUGCACGUCUACAAGCUGAGUGGCCCCGAUGAUGACCCUCUGCACAAGCAGCCCCGGUUCUGGGCCAGCAUGAUGGAGUCGGCGAGCUGUCCCUCGGAUUACGUGCCUCCGGAAAUCUUUCACUUCCACACGCGGGCAGACGUACGCCUCUACGGCAUGAUCUACAAGCCGCACGCCGUGCAGCCAGGGAAGAAGCACCCCACAGUCCUCUUUGUGUAUGGAGGCCCCCAGGUGCAGUUGGUGAAUAACUCUUUCAAAGGAAUCAAGUAUUUGCGGCUCAACACGCUAGCAUCCCUGGGCUAUGCUGUGGUUGUGAUUGAUGGCAGGGGCUCGUGUCAGCGAGGACUUCGGUUCGAAGGGGCCCUGAAAAACCAAAUGGGCCAGGUGGAGAUCGAGGACCAGGUGGAGGGCCUGCAGUUCGUGGCCGAGAAGUACGGCUUCAUCGACCUGAGCCGGGUGGCCAUCCACGGCUGGUCCUAUGGAGGCUUCCUCUCGCUCAUGGGGCUGAUCCACAAGCCCCAAGUGUUCAAGGUGGCUAUUGCAGGCGCCCCCGUCACCGUCUGGAUGGCCUACGACACAGGGUACACGGAACGUUACAUGGACGUCCCGGAGAACAACCAGCUCGGCUACGAUGCGGGUUCCGUGGCCCUGCAUGUGGAGAAGCUGCCCAAUGAGCCCAACCGCCUGCUCAUCCUUCACGGCUUCCUGGAUGAGAACGUGCACUUUUUCCACACAAACUUCCUUGUUUCCCAACUGAUCCGAGCAGGAAAACCUUACCAGCUCCAGAUCUACCCCAACGAGAGACACAGCAUCCGCUGCCCCGAGUCCGGCGAGCACUAUGAAGUCACACUGCUGCACUUUCUACAAGAACACCUCUGAGGGCCUGCGCCCACUAGGGCGCACACUUAGAGCACAAGUGGCUUCACCGCUGCCACCGCCAGGGGGACCAGGCGGGAAGGACCGAGUGGCCCCACGGCCCCCUUGAGGUGCCGUCUCCGCUGACCCCACUGGACAGCCCCGCCCCAGGCCCAAGCUGCCGCCUUCACGCCCCGACGCCUUUUAUCAUUUUUUAAAAUGCUCCUGGUGUCUUUGCCUGCUGCUUCUUGGUUGUCAGGAUGGAGAGAUGAGGCUGCCACCCACGAGGCACUUCCUAAAGCCAUCCCCUCCCGUCCCCAUUGUCGGGAGUGGGAGGCCUGAACUCCACCGGGCACUGGAGACGCCAGGUCUGCCUCCUGGGCCCUGACCCGGCCGCCGCGCCCAGCACGGAAGCAUGCAAUUGCCUUUUCUCCCCACCUGCCCCACUUCCUAUUUGUGUUUUGUUUGGGGGGACAUUUUUCAUAAUUAUUUAAAAGACAGAAAGCAAGGGGUGCCUAAAUCUAGAAUUGGGGUCUGCUGCUGGGCAAUGGGGUUCAGCCCAGCCAGCACCCGGUGAGCCACCCCUUCCGAAGGCAGGAGUGGGGGGUGAUGGCCAGCAGCGGGAACAAGGCAGGGCAGCCCUCUGGCACCUGCCUCUCCCCAGGUUUCAGCAGGCUCUGAACGCGGCCAGCUCCGGUCUGCUGGCCAGCGGCUGCUGCCCGCUCCUCAGCCCUGUGGCCACACGUCUGCCUGGCCCGCACAGACCAGGUUCCAGGGUUGGGAGUGGAACCAUCCCCACCUCAGGGUUAUCCUUACUCCUUCCUUUCCCUCCCUGCCAAGAGUUCUGCCAGGGGCGGGCAAAAAAGAAAAAAAAACGAAAAAAAAAACCCAGAAACAAACCACCUCUACAUAUUAUGGAAAGAAAAUAUUUUUGUCAAUUCUUAUUCUUUUAUAAUUAUGCGUGUAAGAAGUAGGCUCAUUAAACGAUUCCAGAUGGAAGCGUUG